AGCAGCGUUACAUGGAUGAGAACCCGUACGAAGACGACCCGCGAUACGCCACUGAGAGCUAUCAGAGUGGGUCGCUGCAACAUCAACAGCAGCAGCAGCAGCAGCAGUUUCAGCAAACGCAGCAGGGGGGCUUUGGUGGAUCUCAAGCGCAGCAGUCUCUCUCAUCGGCCGGUAUGGGAUCUUGGGGAAGCGGUGUCCAGCCAGAUGCUGCGAGCUACAUGACUUCACAGGGAGUCAGCAUUUCCAAUCUGUGCUUCAUGGCUUGGGCCCUUCCGCCUUUCAGUGGAGUCUUUGUCCUCAUCUUCGAGACGACGAAUGACCUCGCUCGCUUCCAUGCCUAUCAAUCCUCACUAUGCGGCGUGGGCAUGAUUCUCGCCCUAUACAUCCUGCGCUCUUGGUUCGGUUGGUACACGCUCAGCAUCAUCUUCGGCAUGGGAUCCUUGGGAGCCUGUUGGGUGGCCGGGUGAGUAUCAGCGGCCGCACGGAGGCUUGACUGAACGUCAAGCUCAAAGAUUGUCUCUAUCUCUCGACCGCUGUCACAGAAACAACGCACAUCGAGCCGCCCCUACACUGGGCAAGGAGCCCUACUUGCCGUAUGUCGGACCGUGAGUAUUGCCCCCACCAGAGGUCCUCAAGAUUGCCUGCUGACUUUCUUCACGUUCCAUCAGGCUGGCGGAGGAGUGGGUAGGAUCUGAAUGAAGGGGUGGACUCCGAACAAGCGAUACCCAGUAGCAAGAGACACAACUGCCAUCUUACUUCAGUCGCGGGCGCCUGCAGAGGCAAGGACAACUAUAGACAACGUCAGAGGCACCUGCCUCAUCCUUAAUGCUAUCGUACUGCUCAAGCGCUCGCACACAAACGCAUUGCCUGUUGGUAUAUGUAGCGUCGCAUCGUUACGCUCGAAUGGCAAAUGCCGAUACUGUACAUAUGAUC